GUGUUAUCUUUUUCCGAAGUAGAACCGAAGUGACGGAGGAAUGGGAGGUUGUUAAUCUAACCAAACCUGGUUAGUGGUGGCAGAACAAAGUGGAUCUUUGUUUGCAUGGGUGGGACAACCAAUGAGUGACGGGGACCGAGACCACUGGAGGGGUUCUUUAAAGAGGACGGAGGUCCCAGUCUUGAGACGGAAAGCAACCUGGGUUCUUUCUUUCUUCAAAACACUCUUGGUGUUGUUUUGUUCUUUUUUUGUCAUUUUGUGGUCGCGGCGGAAACGGGACUCACACACGUCGAGGGACUCGACACAGACAGUAUGUCGUUCAGUAGUACGCAGAGCGAUGAGCUCGUGGAGAGCGGGGAAAUUGUGGACGAUUUCCCGUCGCAAGAGGGCUCGGACAGCCCGGGUAGUCUGGCAGACUUCAUUAAUGACGAUGUCACGGAGGACAGCGAAGGUGGUGCUGCGGUGGACGCACAUCUCCAGACGCCGAGGAGGCGGGCAGCUUCAGAAGAUGAAGUGUUCGAUAGAGUGGAGCGACAACGGAAAGCGAAGCGCAAGUUGGAAACACUGACCGGGACGGGCAGGAGUCGCACGAGGCAGGACCGAGUGGUUUCUUCCGGGUUCGUACCCCGGAUGCUGUUUGCUCGUCAACCGAGUGGGUUGGUGCAGGAUGCUACACAGGGAACGGGAGUUCCUUUCUCUUGCUGCCACUGCGGAGCGGUGGAAGCCCGGGCGAGCCAAGUGGUGAGCGAUGUGAUCAAGGCACAGGGGGUGCUCGACUCGAUCUUGGACAGUAUUGAGGGGCUGAAAGACCUUGUUCAGCACAGUUCCACGUGGGUGGGUACUGCCAUGUCCGAACAGGACGGAUGUGGCCGGGGGUCCACGGUAAGUACGCAAGUGCAAGAGUCGGGUUGUAGGCCUCUGGCCACCCAGGCUUGGGAGUUGUCGGAGACGGACUGUGGAGAUGAAGGGGGGAGAACCCCUCCGAAUCCUAGCCAGCGGCUGCCCCAGCGUAAGCGGCUGAGACGAUGUCUCUAUUCCUCAGAGGAAGAGGAGCUAUAGUCGUGAUCGGAGAGAGCUUGCUUGUGCCCUGCCUACAGAGGGUAGGCUGAUGCUGCUUAAAGUGGAAGUUAAAUGUGGUUGAAUCGACGGGAGGUCGAGGGCGAGAGCCAAGUAGAUUAGCUUAGAGCGGUUUGAAUUGAGAGUUAUGAUUACCUGAUCUGGUUUGUUUGUGAUACUGAGUAGACUUCUCUGGUUUUGUAUGCUAAAGCCCAAAUGAUUUACCCUUCUCCUAAAAGUAGUUAUCGCUCAAAUGUAUGCCUCUACUGUUAUUACAUAGUGACAAUGAACUGUUCACCUCCGGAGGACUGAAGUAGAGAUACGAAAUUCGGGUACGGGCAGAGCCCGUGACGCCGAAGCGCAGCGUAGGCAGUUCAAUGUG